CCCGCGCUCCUCCCUCCCUCCCUCCCUCCCCAGUCUCCACCACAGCAGCUCCGUCUCCGGCGGCCCCCCAAGAGCGCGCGGCGAGGAUGAACGUGAAGGGCGGCGGCCGGAUUCCGGUGCCCCCGCCGGGGGCCAGCGCGCUGGUCAAGGUGGCCGUGUUCGGCGGCGCCGCCGUGUACGCCGCCAUGAACAGCCUCUACAACGUCGAGGGUGGCCACCGCGCCAUCGUCUUCAACCGCAUCCAGGGCAUCAAGGACAAGGUAUACCCCGAAGGGACUCACUUUAUGAUUCCAUGGUUUGAACGGCCAAUCAUUUAUGAUGUCCGCGCUCGACCGAAUCUUGUUGAGAGUACUUCUGGGAGCCGGGAUCUUCAGAUGGUGAAAAUUGGUCUCCGUGUCCUCACAAGGCCUAUGCCAGAGAGGCUACCACAUAUCUACAGAACUCUGGGAGAGAACUUCAAUGAGAGAGUUCUGCCUUCAAUCAUCCAUGAAACACUGAAAGCUGUUGUUGCUCAAUACAAUGCUAGUCAGCUGAUCACACAGAGAGAGACUGUGAGUAGGGAGAUUAGGAAGAUACUGACUGAGAGGGCUCGAUUCUUCAACAUUGCUCUUGAUGAUGUCUCUAUCACAAGCCUGAGCUUCGGGAAGGAGUUCACUCAUGCCAUUGAAGCCAAGCAGGUUGCUGCACAGGAAGCUGAGCGUGCUAAGUUCAUUGUCGAGAAAGCUGAGCAAGAUAAGAGAAGUGCAAUUAUCAGGGCUCAGGGAGAGGCUAAGAGUGCCGAGCUGAUUGGUCAAGCCAUAGCGAACAACCCUGCCUUCCUUGCCCUGAGGCAGAUUGAAGCUGCAAGGGAGAUCUCCCACACGAUUUCGUCCUCCGCCAACAAGGUGUUCCUGGACUCCAACGACCUGCUGCUCAACCUCCAGCAGCUGAAUGUGUCGAGCAAGCAGAAGAAAUGAUGAUGUCACAUUUUAUGCCCCCCCCUUUCGUCUGAGUUAUUAUUACAGUUAGCAGUGGAUGCCUUUGUACCAGCCUUAUCUGAUGUGGAAUUUGGCGAGUAUGUGCUCGAAGGCAAGCAAAGCUGGGCAGGGUUUGUUUAAACUUGAUUAUAGCUUGAGGAAGUUCAAUAAAGACCAAAUUCUGUUAUUUUAAUUUACGAUACCAUGGUUGGCAUU